CGCGUUGUAGUUCUGGAUGCCGCCAUUUUGUUUCACGCAAAACAAAACUUUCAGUCUUUGAUCUGAGUUGAUUUAGUUGUAACAAUGCUUUCUGGGCAGACUUGAAGUUUGUUCUGGCCAACUUUUUACCGACGAAUGUAACGAUGCCUUGACUGAAGGAGGAAGAAAAGUGACGGCCAGCUAGAAGUCGCAGAAGGGGUCCAGCAGUGCCGUGUGUUCCUUUCUUGGCUGGGGCGCGUUCACACCACCAUGGCUACAGGUGGGAGUCCAGAACCCGUCUACACCUCAGGUACAGCUCGGGGCGCUCGGUUAGCAUCUCUGCUGAUCGACGAAGGGACCUCACUGCUGAAAAAAGUAUUUGAAGAUGAAAUCCGCAAAAUGAACCCCCCGAGUCUUCAAGUGCAGCUAAGAAAUCACAAGAGACAUCUCUGUAGCUUACGUUACUUUAAUUGUGGCCAAAGGAACAUGCUGUAUCCACGAAGUGGUAAUAUACCGAAUACUACACAGGGGUUCGACAUAUCACUGUUAGAGCUUUUGUUGAAAGAACUCUGUAAAGAUGCGCCCUACGCAAACGCAAGGGCUAGACUUCGGGUGUAUAGAAAUACGUAUUACGGACAUAUUUCAAGUACGGAGUUGUCUCAGGACCUCUUUGAUAAACUAUGGAAGGAAUUGGCAGAUAUUCUGGUAGCUCUUGGGGCGGAUAUGAACGCGAUUUCCGAAAGACUCAAAUCAAGCAUCGAUCCUGAAAAAGAGAAGACAUAUUUCAAUAUGCUAGAUCAACUUAACAAGGAAGACAAGGAGGUGAAAGAUAUCCUUUUGGCCCAUGGCGAGAUUCUGAAAACGUUACAGCAGACAGUAUCCGAACUAUCAGGGGCCUCAAGUACGCAGAAGGACCAGACGCGUCCAGGUUCUAUUGAAGAGGGUGUGUCCUUUCACAAGCGAAGGAGAUUAGAUGAGUCUGAAGCAGGUUCUAACCAAGAGGCUGGCCCCUCACACAUACUAUCUGAUGUUAUAAUCUAUCAACUUUUUAUUACUGUUUCAGAAGCAGACAAAGCAGGAGAUGUGUUAAGAAGCGCCCUUUCUAUCAACUACAGCAACACCUUGAACACUCUGAAGCCUUUGCCCUGGGAUGAUAGAUUUUGCCUUGACCUUGACAGGAUCUUUACUAGUCUUGUACUGGUUAGUCUCCAUGACCAAACAGACAGGAGAAUUCUUAAGUCACUUGAAGAUGUCUAUGACCAUCAGACUGUAAGUGAUCUGGAUAGAAGAUUCAAUGUUUUGGUUGAGGGACAUGCAGGGAGUGGCAAGUCAACUCUUCUCUCUAAAACAGCCCUUGAUUGGUCAUGCAAGAAAGGUAGGCUAGCAGAUAUGAAGAAGAUAGUCUUGCUGGUUCGACUUAGAGAGGUCCAGCCAGGAGAAUCCAUUGCUGAGAUUGUGUGGGACCAGUGUGUCACAAAGUCAGCCAAGGGGAUCAGCAUAUCUGCUAUAGAGACUUGUCUCCAAGACAAUGAGUCCAAACUUGUAUUCCUCUUAGAUGGCUAUGAUGAACUAGUUCCAAAUGCUAAAGGGCCUCGACAAGUUGUUCCUGAACUUCUUGCCAAGAAAUGGUAUCCCAACAGCACAGUCAUCGUAACAUCUAGACCUCUGUCAGGUAUUGAGGAAUACAUGGUAGUUGGCUGUAAAGUGAAAGUUGCAGGCUUUUCGUCAGCUGACGUAGAGGGAUUUACAGCAACAUACUUUCAAACUAUAGGCAAGUCAGAUUUAGCAGCUCCACUCAUCAAAGCACUACAAGCAAAUGUUGUAGCUAGAAACUUGAUCCAGACUCCCAUAUUCAUCAUGCUGAUUUGUGUUCUGUGGGAAGAUGAUCCAGACAGAGUUUUCCCAGGGACAAUGUCAGGCUUAUAUCAGGAGCUGCUGACAUGUGUCAUCAGGAAGCACUGUGUCAGGGAGGGUCUUUCCAUGUCUGAUGAUAAGAUACCUUGUGAAUUAUCUCCCAUAUUACUUAACCUUGGUAAACUUGCUUUAGAAUCAUUGUUGAGAGGUGAAAGCUUGGUAGACCUGGGGAAAGCUGCUGCUGUUCAAGAUACUGACAUUCUGUUGAAACUUGGCAUUGUUUCCAAAGAGGUGUCUGCAUCCAGACUACAUCCAAGAAAACAGUUAAACUUUCCUCACAAGACCAUGCAGGAGUUUCUUGCAGGUCGAUAUGUUGCGGAAACAGUCAAUACUUCCUCUGGGGAUCUGCAUGAGUUGGUACCAUUGGACACAGUGUGGAGAGUUCUGCAGCAGAGCACCCUGGUUCACUUCAUUUGUGGCUGUGGGGGUAAGGCUACCAAAGAAAUGCUAACAAAAAUUUACAAACUAUAUGAAGCUCAUGUAGCUGCUUCUGUAGCUACAUUCAACUACACAAAAACAUAUGUACCUCAGGAUAACCAGACUAAAUCAGAUUCUGUGAAAGAACUCUGUAUGAUGAACUUGUAUGAAAGCCAGGAUUGUAGGUAUUUUCCAAUAGUGAGCAACCUGCUCUCAUCUCUUGACUGUCAUAUCAAGGCCCCCUCUAGAGAAGCGGCUGCUCUUAUGUACUACCUACAGCAUGCUGCAGUAGUACCCAAGGGCAGAUUAUUGAGACUCAGGGUGACAGAGGAUAGUAAAGGAGAGGCAGUGGAAUAUCUUUCUGGCAUGCUGGAAAACUACCUGCCUGACCUCUGCUUGGACUUGUCAUUUAACAAUAAGUCUUUGCAGUACUGUCACAUAGGGGAUAAGUUUGACAAACUGGUCACUUUUUUUAGCAAAAAGUCCCUGGUAUACGAUCAUUAA